GUGCCUAGGCCUCUCCCCACCCCACCCCCUAACCUUGCUCACAAUGGGGUUCAUUGCUGAGGCGGGAGGGGCAUCCUAGGAAGGGUACAGCUGGGAGCCUGCCUGCCAGACAGCCUCGGGGAACCUUCCCUUUCAAGCAUGAACCAUACCAUCUGGGCUCCCCCCCUCCCAGCGUGCUCUUAGCUCUGCCUGCCUGGCUUAGGGUCCUGGAGACCUUCUUGGAGCUCAUCCAGCAACCAUCAUGCAAGGUGGUGCUGGGGACUGCCCUCUUACUCGGAGGUGGAGGCCUCAUGCUGUGGAUUCAGAGGAAGAGGAGAAGGAAGGCAUCCCUUGAGUCUGUACGAGAUGAGCAGGAGCCACCAGAAUGUCACAAAGCAAAGAAUGAGAACUGGAUUAAAUCUCACUUUAGCCGCCUUUCCGAAGAGAAGCUGGCCGCCUGCAGCAGCAGCACGGCCUCUUCCCCCCAGAGCAGCAGCGGGGAAGCCAGCACAACCAUUCGCAUGGAGACCGUCACCACAAGACAAGGCGAAGUGGGCACGGCUGUGCGCCGGGAGUCCUUCACCAGUAAGCAGAAGAUGUCCGGGUCCUCGGUGACCAAAGAGACCCACAGGGAGUCUGGAAAAUCCCCAUCCACGGAUACGGCCACAUGGGCCGCUGUGGCUACCUGUACCAAGGAGAUCAACACCCUGGGACAGCAACUGGCUAAUUCCAUGUUGCAGCGAGCCACGACUUACCAGAACUCAGGCCACCUGGAGUCCAAAGACAUCAACCAGGAGGAGCUGAAGGCCCUGGAGGAGGUGGAGUUGAAGCUGAAAGGGAAUUUUCUCACUCAGCGGGAUACCACUGUAGCUGGCAUGAACCAAACACAUGCCUUCCAUGGCCAUGGUCACCCUGGCUACCAGGGUUACCCAAGCCACCCGAGCCACCCGAGCCAUCCAAGCCAUCCGAGCCACCUGAGCCACCAAAGCCACCCGAGCCAUCAGAGCUACCCAAGCCAUCCGAGCCACCCAAGCCACCCAAGCCACCAGAGCCACAGUCUGCCCAACCGCAGCCACCAGAUCUGUCAACCCUUUGAAGCCACCUAACCAUGGGUGGAGACACCCCUUCCCCCAGCAAGGCUGGCACACAAUUGCAGGCCUGUUCUCUCUCCUGUGGGGCAGCCUGUGUGGCCCAGAGUGAGAUGCUGCUGCCCAAAUCCCUCCUUCUUCAGACCCCCUCAGUCUGUGAGUAGUGUAUGCCACAGAGGACAGCUCCUGAUGGAGGGCGAGUGGAAGGAAGCGAAGCGGCCAAGACAGACUCAACGGGCCCCUGAAGGCCCACAGAAAAGAUAGGCGAAGCAGAUCCCAGGAGUAGCUGAG